UGGUGUGUGGGUGUCAAACGGAGCUAGACGCGGUGGCGGCGGCGGCGGCGGCGGCGGCGGCGGCGGCUGCGGCGGCUCCGCAGGCUCCGGUCGCUCCCGCCUCCCCAGCGGUACCCGCGGCCGCAGCCGCGCACCCGGGCAGGCUCGGAGGAGCGAAGGUCAUGGCUUCUGGCUUCUCGGACCUGAGGCUCCAGCGGAGGCAAUGACCGGCAGGGACCUUGCUCCACGCCAGUUACGGACACUGAAUCUUCGCAGGGCACGAGCUUGCCCAGCACAGGAACGUCUCUCUCUUUGAAGGGCUUUACAGUUGCCACAAAGACCGUGAAGAUGGCGACUUCGUCUAUCAGACGGCAAAUGAAAAACAUUGUGAACAAUUACUCGGAAGCUGAAAUAAAAGUGCGGGAAGCCACCUCCAAUGACCCGUGGGGCCCGUCCAGCUCCCUGAUGACCGAGAUCGCCGACCUGACCUACAACGUGGCGGCCUUCUCGGAGAUCAUGAGCAUGGUGUGGAAACGCCUCAACGACCACGGCAAGAACUGGCGGCACGUGUAUAAGGCGCUCACGCUGCUGGACUACCUUAUCAAGACGGGCUCCGAGCGCGUGGCCCAGCAGUGCCGCGAGAACCUCUUCGCCGUCCAGACGCUGAAGGACUUCCAGUACAUCGAUCGCGAUGGCAAGGACCAGGGCAUCAACGUGCGCGAGAAGUCCAAGCAGCUGGUGGCCCUCCUCAAGGACGAGGAGCGGCUGAAGGCUGAGAGGGCCCAGGCUCUCAAAACCAAAGAGCGCAUGGCCCAGGUCGCCACGGGCAUGGGCAGCAACCAGAUCACCUUCGGCCGCGGCUCCAGCCAGCCCAACCUCUCCACCAGCUACUCGGAGCAGGAGUAUGGCAAGGCCGGGGGGUCGCCGGCUUCCUACCACGGCUCGCCCGAGGCCUCGCUGUGUCCCCAGCACCGCACAGGGGCCCCGCUGGGUCAGAGCGAGGAGCUGCAGCCGCUGAGCCAGCGCCACCCCUUCCUGCCGCACCUGGGGCUGGCCUCCCGCCCAAAUGGCGACUGGUCCCAGCCCUGCCUCACUUGUGACCGCGCAGCCCGAGCUUCCACUUCCCCGAGGGUGUCCUCCGAGCUGGAACAGGCCCGGCCGCAGACGAGCGGAGAGGAAGAGCUGCAGCUUCAGUUGGCACUUGCCAUGAGCCGAGAGGUAGCUGAGCAGGAAGAACGCCUCAGGCGGGGUGACGACCUCAGAUUACAGAUGGCCCUAGAAGAAAGCCGAAGAGACACGGUUAAGGUUCCAAAACAGAAGGAGCAUGGCUCCCACCCACAGCAGACCACUCUGUUGGAUUUAAUGGACGCCCUCCCCAGCUCAGGCCCUGCUGCCCAGAAAGCAGAGCCCUGGGGCCGGUCAGCCUCAGCUAACCAGACAAACCCUUGGGGCGGGCCGGCGGCCGCAGCCAGCACUUCAGACCCCUGGCCACCGUUCGGUGCCAAGCCAGCUGCCUCCGUGGACCCAUGGGGCGUGCCCACUGGCACAAGCACACACUCCGGGCCCAAGGGCUCAGACCCCUGGGUGGCCCCGCAGCAGCCUGCCCCCAGUGCCGGGAAAACAGCGGAUGCUUGGGCCGCAGCCUCAGCCGCCAAGCCCGUCUCGUCCUCUGGGGCCUUUGAUCUCUUCAGUAAUUUGAAUGGUACAAUUAAAGAUGACUUUUCUGAAUUUGACAACCUCCGGACUUCAAAAAAAACAGCUGAGGCCGUGGCCUCGCCACCGUCCCAAAACAACGGAACUACAAGCCCCGACCCCUUUGAGUGCCAGCCCCUGACCGCCGCCUCAAGCAAGCCCAGCAGCGCCCGGAAAACACCCGAGUCCUUCCUGGGCCCCAACGCGGCCCUGGUCAACCUGGACUCGCUGGUGACCAGGCCAGCCCCGCCGGCCCAGUCUCUCAACCCUUUCUUGGCACCAGGUGCAGCCGCCGCCUCGGCCCCUGUCAACCCCUUCCAGGUGAACCAGCCCCAGCCGCUGACGCUGAACCAGCUGCGGGGGAGCCCCGUCCUGGGGACCAGCACGUCCUUUGGGCCUAGCCCAGGUGUGGAGCCCAUGGCUGUGGCCUCCAUGACCUCCACGGCCCCACACCCGGCCCUGGGGGCCAGCGGUUCCUCCCUGACGCCGCUGGGCCCCGCCUCGAUGAACAUGGUGGGCAGCGUGGGCAUCCCCCCCUCGGCAGCUCAGGCGGCCGGCACAACCAACCCUUUCCUUCUCUAGUGCCCGGGCCUGGGACCCACCACAGAGCGAAUGCCCAGAGCCUCUGUGCCUGAGGACGCCGAGCAGGGACUCUCGAUUGUGGACUGGUGUCCAAGAGUGGGGGUGGGGGGUGGGGGGAUGUUAGGGCUUCCCGGUCCCGGCUGCCUGAUAAAAGGGUUGUCUUCCCAGCCCCGACCCUCAGACUCCAGCGGCGGCAGGCCUGCUAGACGUCAGACACAGCACGUGGGUCUCCGCGCCUUCCGAGGCUGCCCGCCCGCCUGUCCCCAGCCCACCGCCUGCUGCCCGCGGGAGGGGCCCGACCCGGCCUGGUGGCCUCCCCGCUUCCUCCCGAGCGCAGAGAUCCUGGUCCUGCAGAUUGGCCAGCUCUCUGGCGCCUGGGAUGAGGCGGGAGUCCUCAGCGUCGCCCUCGCCCUGAGCCUCAGCCUGAGGGCCUCUGGGACGCCGCCUGUCCCCCCCCCCCCCCCGGCCCCCAGCCCUAGCGACACCCCAGGCGGUCCCAGGUGUGGACAGAAUGAAGCACCGACUUCACGAGACGCUGAUCUUUUCGGGGAAGUGGUUGUGCAUAUUUUAUUUUUCUUUGACUCGUGUGUGAGUUCAAAGUAACCACCACCACCGUGGAACAACUCUUGAAUUAAAUCCACUAGAGCAAGCUUUAAACUAAUCUGAGCAUAACCCUGCCACGUGGCUCUAUGCUUAUGUACGUUUGCACAUGAUUUGUUUAGUACAGUUUCAUAUUUGAGUUUGCAGAAUUAUCUAAUAGUCUUUUUUUGGCUAAUAUUUUUAUAACGUGGUUCUUAUUUAACUGUCUAGUUUUGAUAGAAUUUACCAGGUCUGGCUGAAUUAAGAUAUUGGCACGUGUCAUGUGAGUGGUUUAAACCCUCUUAUUUAUGGUUUAACUCUAAGAAAAUUUAAAUAGGAAGAGACAAAAAAAUGCCUUAUAAAAAAGAAAACUAAAGCAAAUUCUUUAUAGGGAAAAAUACGGGAAUUUGAUUACAUAGAAAAGAUGAUGUUUAUUUAAAAAAAAAAAAAACCUACAACAGCAACAACAACAAAAACCCAGCCUCCAGUUGCCUCUUCCUUUCUUUUACUCCCUGUUUUGGUGACUUACCAAACGGAUUGACCUGCAGCCUUUUGGGCUAGAUCCAGAGAGAGGCUAUUUUUCUUACUGCUGCACCAACAGCAAGUUAAA